UCGCUCGACAGUUCAUUCCUUCAUCGUGAUUCCCAAUCGUAAGGUGGUUAUCCCGCUCUUCAUAUCCACGUUUCCGCUGUUUUAUUAAUUCACGUAAUUUUUUUAUUUUUACUGGAAACCAAGUUUGUUAGUUUUUUUUGUUAAUUAAUACUAUAAAAUAAUGAAAUCAGCAUUAUUUUUACUAUUAAUCAGCGUCGUUGCUGUAACAGCGCAAAGAAGACUUGCGUUACCUGAUCCAAGGAGCUGUGCGAAUCGAGUACGUCAUGCAUCGUACAGAGAUGCAAGAGGUGUAGCUCAUUCAUACUUCUUCAGUUGGGAACAUCAGCCAACAAGAAGUUUAGAAGUUGAUUGGUUGGAUUCACGUAAUAUUUGCCGUCGUCAUUGUAUGGAUGCAGUAUCAUUAGAAACACCGCAAGAAAAUGAAUUUAUUAAGCAGAGAAUUGCACGAGCAGGCAACAUAAGAUACAUCUGGACAUCAGGACGUAAAUGUAAUUUCAAUGGUUGUGACAGACCAGAUCUCCAACCUCAGAACAUUAACGGAUGGUUCUGGUCAGGAUCUGGAGCUAAGAUUGGACCAACAACUCAACGUAAUACCGGUGACUGGAGUAAUACUGGUGGAUAUGGUCAAGCUCAACCAGACAAUCGUGAAGCCGCUCAGGGUAACGACGAGUCAUGUCUAGCCAUUCUAAACAACUUCUACAACGACGGUGUCAAGUGGCAUGACGUCGCCUGUCAUCAUCUCAAACCAUUUGUUUGUGAAGACAGCGAUGAACUUCUCAACUUCGUAGCAUCUCGAAACCCCGGAAUUCGUCUUUGAAAUUAAUUAUAAUAAAUAUUAAGUUAUAAUUAAUAUAGAUAAAAAAAAAUAAUAAUAAAUAAAAAAUAAAAUAUCAUAAAUUAAAAAGUUUU